AUGGAUUCCCUGCGGCUUCCUGUCCCAAACCCGAAGGUCGAUGAGUUGUUGCUGGGUACCGUCGCAGACCAGCUUUCAUCAAGGCUGCUCGGCUUGGCUCAAGAGCUCUACGACCUUAUCUUGGAUGAGCUUGAGGACAUGAGCUACAUGGCCUUACUAAGCUGCGCCGUCACCUGCAAGGCCGCCCUCGCCCGCUCUCGCAGGCACAUCGAAAAACAUCAGCGACGUUAUAUCCCCCGAGGCCUCUCUGGGCAUCGACUUAUUUGUGUCGGCGAAUACGCCAACCUCCUUUCGCAGCUUCCGUCCGGAAUGCUGACCGAUGAAGAGGCGGAGGAGGUCCGGGACUUCGGAGAACACAACGAGGAGUCGGACGGCAGCCCUAGCCUCUGGGCGUAUGCUUCCGAACAUUUUGGCCGUCGCUCCAACUAUGACCUACGCAACCCCAACACGUCGUUUCAAGAGCGCGUUCAAGAGUGUGCUUGGGCGAUGCCGCAACGCUGGCGUCUCGGCGACUGGAUCCUGGUGAUGGGCGUUGUCUGCUAUCCUAAGCGUUGGCCAUGGGCGCUGUGCAACCUCGUGAAGCGCGAGUACGUGCGCGAGCAGGCUGCAAUGCAGUUGUGCGAGACGCUCCCCUCGAAACCGUGGAGGCCGUGGGACAGCAAGCAACCCGGGUUUUGGCACUUCCUGCUCGCGAACAUCUGCUGCUCGUACAGCUCUUCGUACGCCAUGACAUACCAGGGCAAGGACCUGGCGAAUGGGCGCUGGGCAGGAGAUCGUUUCGCGAUCACUCCGUUGGACCACCUGCCGCUUACUGCGCCCGGCGAAGGCGAAUGGAAGGACGUGACGGACGAGGUGGCAGCACUGGUCAAGCGGAUAUGGGCGGCUGAAUGUGGGGACAAGUUGGGUUCGGAGACGGAAUAG